UCAGGUGAGCCUUGUCCAAGAAACUGUUCGAAGGACAGCGAUUGUGUUUUUGUGGAUAAAGUCCAGUCAUGUUUAUGUGUGCGGAAUCUGAAGCCUCCUAACCGUCAAGGAUAUUGUUCAUCUCAAGAUAUUCCGAGACAUCUUUUUAAAGCACAAGCGGAUCCCGUUAAUGCGGAGAGUACUACACCAAGGGAGACGAUAAUUCACAGUACCCCAAAUGGCAAUGAUACCGAAGACGACCCUCAAGGCGGGAGUGAAAAGGUGGCUGAUAGUAAUGAGUCUAAAGAAACGAUAGAUGAACAAGCAAGUCUACCACUAACGCUAGAUAACCGUAGUGUGUUACCCAGAGAAACGUUGAAGUUAAUUGGUUCCCUGGGAACGAAUAAUUCAAGGAACGCUACCAAUAGUAUGGGUGCACCAGUUUCUAUGGGAGCAGAGAUGUCGGCAAUCCGUGUGAUUGCGCCCUCUAUAGCUGUCAUUGGUUUCUUAUUGAUGGUUGUAUUCCUACUGACAAAAUGCAAACGUCGUAGAGUCUACACAACCAAGAGCGAGGUCGCUGGAUCUCCUAUCAGCUGGCUCAGGCGUCAUAACGGGGCAAUGAUUAUAGACGAGAUGCAGAAUGUUUGUAAAAACUCGAACUAUUACACAAAUAGUGAUGGUGAUGGGGAGACGAGGAUUGGCGUGGAGAUACCUAUGGAUCAGAUUACGCUGUUGGAAAGUAUUGGGGAAGGAGCGUUUGGAGAAGUAUUUAAAGGGGAUCUGCAGGACAACGAGGGAAUCGUGACGCGUGUUGCUGUGAAGGUGCUUAAAGAAGGAACCUCACAAGAAUGGUUUGAGGAUUUCCAAAGAGAGGCAUGCAUUACAAGUUCAUUCGACCAUGAAAAUAUCUUACACUUAAUCGGAACCGUAACAAGAGGUAUCAAUGGUGCCCCCAUGAUGGUAUUUGAGUUUAUGGAACUUGGUGACUUGGCAGAGCUACUCAGGAAAAAUGAUCCAAUAUUUGGGAAGGAAGAAGAUCGAACCCUAAAACAAACUGAUCUGAUUGACAUAGCUACUCAGAUUGCAAAUGGUAUGGUGUAUUUAACGUCAAGACAUUUCGUCCACAGAGACUUGGCAGCCCGCAACUGUCUCGUGGGAAGAGGUCUUCGCGUGAAGAUAUCUGAUUUUGGUAUGUCUAGAGACAUCUAUACCUGCGACUACUAUCGAGUCGGCGGAUCUCGAAUGCUACCAGUUCGUUGGUUAUCACCAGAGUGCGUUCGAUAUGGCAAGUUUACGACAGAAAGUGACACGUGGGCGUUUGGAGUGGUACUCUGGGAAAUAUUUUCUUACGGGAAACAACCAUAUUAUGGGCAUGGCAACGAGGAGGUGCUCCAUCUUGUUCAGGACGGCAUCUUACUUAACAAGCCAAUGACAUGUCCUUCUCCGAUGUACCACAUCAUGUUGUCAUGUUGGAGGUUGGAACCAAAGUCCAGGCUAAGUUUUACGCAUAUUCAUUCGCAGUUGGUAAACUAUAGCAAGAAAAUAGUGACCUAUCAUAGACUGGGAAGAGAGUCAGAGUUACUGGAGAUACAAGAGGACACUGACGUUGCAUGGUUGCUAAGUAACGAGCCACGACAGUCGUCACACGAAGAACAAGUCUAGAAAUGAUUUAUUCUUAAUGCAAAGGUUGUGUGUACCCGUGGAUUGACAGGUUGUCAAGAACGAGCAUUAUUGAAACUCGUUCAUGUUCUAAAUAUAGUGUACAAUAGGUGUCAGAGCAGCAAGUUGACCUAUAUGUUGUUUUGAAGUGAUUUACUGACCCGGGUUUACUGAAUACCCCGAACGCAGAGGUUAGUUCUAACGUAGAGGAACUUAAGAGUAUAGACGAAGCUGUUUCGUUUUAAGAAGCAAGGUCAAAUGAAUGCGAAUGGUAUCUACUGAACUAGAAUGUGACUCUGGAGUCUGAAUUACUACAUGUACAACAGAUAACAAUUGUAACCGUUAGGUGUUCUGAAGUCAUUGUAUUAUUAUUAAUGAACAGAAAGGUGGCUCUGAAGUAUGGUGUCCAUUGUGAGUGAAUUGAAUUGAAAAAAAUUGAAUUGAAUUGUGCACAGUAGUUGUUAUAACAUGUACUAUACAAUAUUUGAGUUGAUGAAUAAGUAAUGAUGUGUCUGUGACAUAAGUGAACAUUGUAAUGUUUAUUGUCCAGUCAGUUCCGGUGAACGCAUCAUGAGCAUUUUUGUAUAAAAGUAAAGUCCACACCAUCUGAAAUCAUACACGUGCGCAUCAAAAAUGAAUCUACGCAGUGAAAUCUGUCUUCGGCAGUUUAUUUAGAACCGUAUGUAAUGUCAUAAUUUACGUCCUAACACGCGUAAUUUUACAUCUGAACCGGGUAAUUCACGUAUACAAAGGCAUUAGAAACGCAUGUGAUCAUUGGGCAUGUUGGCCAACCAUAACUAUUAUCGCAUUUGUUAAACAACCAUGAUCUUGGCUAUGUCUCCGUGUCUGUUGUGAGAUUGUGUUAUUUCUUCCAAAAGUUUAAGCUUUUUAAGUUUGUAGGUUGUACAAAAAAGCAAUGAUGGUAUGAAAGAUAAAAAUCAGUUAAAUAAAUAGAUUAUUGUGCAUGUAAAUAUGAUGUAAUUAGUUUUAAAAUUAACAUGAGUACAUCUGGUACAAGGGCCAUUAGCAUAGAGCUGAUUGUUGAUAUUAUUUUGGUCAUUGUAAUGCCACUGUGUCAACUCAAUUUAAGAUAGAAAUUAAAGUAUAUGAUAAAUUGAAGUGUGCCAACACAAACAAAUGUAAUAUUACAUAAUGAAAUUAAUAUCUAAUUAGAUAAUGGGUGUCGACCAAAAUCGCAGUAAUUAUUCUUUGAAUGCACCUGUCCAAAGAAAUGAAAUAUUUAAUCUGGUGUCAUCACAUGUUAGGACGCUCCACAUAAGGUGAGAUGAAACUCUUAAUAAUACUUGGCCUAAUGGCCACGCUUGCAUACACGCAAGCAGAGAAUGCCACAGAGAGCACUCCCACAAGAAGAGGGCGUAUGUCCCGUAAACAGGACGACUACGGUAGCAGUAGUCACGGAUAUGGUUAUCA